GGUGUUUGUCUACUUGAUAUCCUACGUUUCAAGUUAUCCAGUUUUUACCUAACUUCACUCCAGUCUUUCUAUCGAGGCGCUGCUCACUUAUACCUACGAGCAUUUCUCUCCCAUCAUUUUUACCAACAUCAACAUCAACAUCACCAUCGAUAUCGAACGAAGAUUCUCUCGCAACAACAAGUCUAUCAGCCAGGACAACCACAUCAGCAAUGUCCGCCAAAUCAACCGUCCUCUUCGUCUGCAUCCACAACGCCGGCCGCUCCCAAAUGGCUGCCGGCUACCUCACCCACCUCGCAGGUGACACAAUUGACGUUCUAUCAGCCGGUUCCGCUCCAGCAAGCUCUAUCAACCCCAGAGUCGUUGAGGCAAUGCGUGAAGAAGGCAUAGACCUUGCAAAUGAGAUACCGAAAAUCCUUACCGCCGAUGCCGUCCAGAAAAGCGAUGUUGUUGUCACUAUGGGCUGUGGUGACGCCUGUCCGUUUUUCCCUGGGAAGCGCUAUUUGGAUUGGAAGCUUGAUGAUCCUGCAGGCCAGGAGCUCGAUGCUGUGCGGGUUGUUCGGGAUGAGAUUCGGCGUCUGGUGGAGGGGCUUAUUGCGGAGAUUGGUGCCGACCGUUGA